GGGCGGGGAUAAAUGCGGAGGGACUGUCCGGCUUUCGCUCUCAGCUCGCAGCCGCCGCAGUCGCCGCCACCUCCUCUGAUCUACUAAAGUCAUGUUACCCAACACCGGGAGGCUGGCAGGAUGUACAGUCUUUAUCACAGGUGCAAGCCGUGGCAUUGGCAAAGCUAUUGCAUUGAAAGCAGCAAAGGAUGGAGCAAAUAUUGUUAUUGCCGCAAAGACCGCCCAGCCACAUCCAAAACUUCUAGGCACAAUCUAUACUGCUGCUGAAGAAAUUGAAGCAGUUGGAGGGAAGGCCUUGCCGUGUAUCGUUGAUGUGAGAGAUGAACAGCAGAUCAGUGAUGCAGUGCAGAAAGCCGUCAAGAAAUUUGGAGCUUAUACCAUUGCUAAGUAUGGUAUGUCUAUGUAUGUGCUUGGAAUGGCAGAAGAAUUUAAAGGUGAAAUUGCAGUCAAUGCAUUAUGGCCUAAAACAGCCAUACACACUGCCGCUACGGAGAUGCUGGGAGGACCUGGUAUCGAAAGCCAGUGUAGAAAAGUGGAUAUCAUUGCAGAUGCAGCAUAUUCCAUUUUCCAAAAGCCCAAAAGUUUUACUGGCAACUUUGUCAUUGAUGAAAAUAUCUUAAAAGCAGAAGGAAUACAAAAUUUUGACAUCUAUGCAAUUAAACCAGGUCAUCCUUUGCAACCAGAUUUCUUCUUAGAUGAAUACCCAGAAGCAUUUAGUAAGAAAAUGGAAUCAACUGGUGCUGUUCCAGAAUUCAAAGAAGAGAAACCGCAGCCGCAACCAAAACCACGUUCUGGAGCUGUGGAAAAAACAUUUAGAAUUGUUAAGGAUUCUCUCAGUGAUGAUAUUGUUAAAGCCACUCAAGCAAUCUAUCUGUUUGAACUCUCCGGUGAAGAUGGUGGCACGUGGUUUCUUGAUCUGAAAAGCAAGGGUGGGAAUGUCGGAUAUGGAGAGCCUUCUGAUCAGGCAGAUGUGGUGAUGAGUAUGUCUACUGAUGACUUUGUAAAAAUGUUUUCAGGGAAACUAAAACCAACAAUGGCAUUCAUGUCAGGAAAAUUGAAGAUUAAAGGUAACAUGGCCCUAGCAAUCAAAUUGGAGAAGCUAAUGAAUCAGAUGAAUGCCAGACUGUGAAGGAAAAGAUUAAAAAAAAAAAAAAAUAUCGACUGCUAUGCUCAAAAAGUAAAAAAAGCUCAACAGUUAAAAUCUAAUGUUUGUUUUCUUCCCUGUUGUGUUAUAAGGAUAUGCACGUUUGUUCUGGAAAAAAUAGAAUUUGUCUCUAAAAGACCUGAAAUUGUAAUUAAAACAGCAAGCUAAUCAAACAUAAGCUUCAUUAAGUGGGAUUCUAAGACAUUAUGUGUUUUUAUAUUUCAAGGGUUUAACCCUUUGAGCCUUACAUCUCACUCACUGUCUUUCUCCAAGAAAAGUAUUUUGGGCAGCCAGUCAGAUCAAGCAGUAAAAUUAGCUCUUUGUCAUGUAAAAUGAAGCUAGUCUGUUUUAAAAUUUUUAGUUUUGGAUUGUAUACUAAUGAAAAUUUUAAUGAUGUAUUUGAUUUUUAUAUACUUAUUUUAAAGAAAAUCGUAUAUAGUGCAUUUAACAAAAAUCACAAAAAACAAAUUAACUACUACUGGUGAGGACUAAAUGAAACAAUUCAUUUUUCAUUUUGAUAACUAGCUUUCCAGGUAGACUUAGCCAUAGGAAAAUAUUACUAAUGUAAUUUAACAAAUUGCAGUAUGUAUUCCAUGUAAAAAUAUGUUUAAAUUGUCCUAAAACAAAAUAAUUUUCUCCCUAGGAGUAUGCAUUUGGCUACCAUGUUUUGAAACAGGAACCUUAGGAUAGGGCAUUGGUAUGGGCUGAAUUGUGUAACCCCCAAUUCCUUCGUUGAAGUCCUACCUCCCAUUUCUAUUUGGAGAUGAGGUCUUUAAAGAGGUGACUGAGUUCAAAGGAGGCUGUUAGUCUAAUCCAACACGGUGUCCUUUGGACAUAAGAGAUACCAGCGAUGCGUGCACAGAACAAGGACCAGGAGAGGACACAAUGAGAAGGCAGCUAUCUGCAAGCAAAGAGAGAGGCCUCAGAAGAAACAAAAUCACCAGCACCUUGAUCUUUGACUUCUAAUCUCCAGAAUAGUGAGAAAUAAAUUUCUGUUGUUAAGCCGUCCACUGUGGGAGGCCAAGGCAGGAGGAUUGCUUGAGGCCAGGAGUUCAAGGCCAGCCUGGGCAACAUAGUAAGACCCUAUCUCUACCCACCAAAUAAGUUAAUUUAAAAAGCCACUCAAUCUGUGGGUUUUUUUUUAUGGCAGCCCUCGCAAGCUGAUACAGUGGUUUGAGAGGCUGGGAGGGUUGAGGGGAAGAUAAACUUUAAAAAAGCUCUUAUCUUUCAUUUCAAUCAGUUAAAAAUACUUGCUCAGCGUAACAAUUUUGCUUCUCAUCUUCCACUCUAAUAUUAUUGUGCCAUUAAGCAAUUCAGCUAAUCCUGACAUUUCUUAGAAUCAUAAUGUCAGGAGCAUUUAAUCUGUAUUUUACAAGUUAGGAAGCAGAGGAUCAGAGAUGGGAAAGGAGUAGCCCAAGGCCAAAAUUAACAAGCCCUAUCUAACAAAAACUUUCCAAUACAUUUAUGUUGAAUGGAACUCCAAGAUCUCACCUCUCCAUCCAGGAAUGGAGUACGUGUAAUCAAAGUGAACUUAAAAAUAGGACAGUUUCAACAAGUCCAGAGAUUCACUGCAACUGAUCAAAGGGAGUCCAGUCAACAUGAGCCAGCGUGAUGAUGACGAGGAAGCCCCCUCUGCUUUAAUCCACACAAGGAACGUAACCUGAAGUAACCUGAUGUGAACCAAUCUGCUACUUCUACUAUGCUGUUUCCUUGUUCCUGCUAGUGCUGCCUUACAAAUGCAGACCGUUCUGUCACACCUGGUGGAGCUUCUGUUUAUUUUGUAGGCUGGAUGCUACCCGGUUCAUGAAUCGCUAAUAAAAGCCAAUUAGAUCUUUA